AUGAUGGCUGCGCCUGCCACGACGUCGCUGGACAAGAUCCGUGCUCAAUUAGUCGCCCUGCGAAAUGAGAAUAGGCGCAUUGUAGAGGAGGCAAAACAAGUAGCCGAGCAGCGGCAAUGGGAGAAACUGGUGAAAGAACAAAAGGAGAAAGACGUGCUUCGUGUAGGAAUCGGCCUGACUCACGAGAAAACGCGAGGCGACUCUCUCACAAAGCUAAUCCAGAGUGAGUAUUCACGCCUGAACAAGCCAAAUGAUGCCUUUCGCGUCGGCAAAGAAGUCGUUGACGGGGUUGCGCAGCGGUCCUUUCUGCUGCAAGAAAAACGAUUCAAGGACACGGAUGACGUGCUUCGAAAGAACGGGAAUGCUACUGAUACUCGGCGCUACAUGGCGCUAACCUUUUCGUCGUCGCCCGAGCAAAGGUCUCAUUUAGUGGAUGUUCUGAAGCGCAUGCAAGCACAAUGGGCAGCGGAGUGCGAGAAGCUUACGAGAGCAUCUGACUCCACACAAAGUUCUUGUAGCAACAAUAUCAACGUUACAGUUGAGGCCAGCUCAAGUGUGGUAUCGCAACUGGCAUGGUUGACGGUGCUAGAGGGGCUACCAGAUGAAGACACUCGCGCACUCUGGGAGGCCGACAUACUCGAUGCAGAGACGCUGUCGUCUUUGCUCUCUGACCCUUUGUCAGAUACAUCUUCGCCGACAGAGAGGAGCGCUACGUCGGAGCGCACUCGAAACGACGGGGGCCAAGACACCUCCGACGAGGAUGCACCUGCUGACCUGCUUUUCAAAAAGGUCAAGUAUGCGCAGCAGCUAUACUAUCUGCAAGAGAUCACAAAUACUAUUCGGGAGACGGAGCUGGGUGAUGUGCCACCGAUUGAUCUGGCACCGGCGAUUGUAAAGGCGAAACGGCGCCAAUUCGAUGACGUCACAGAAGACGAGCUCCGUCAGCUCGAGCAGUACGAAGAGUCCGCAGCCAUGCACCUUCCUCUGAAGGUGUCGUUUCCCUCGACGGGCGCAUCACGUGGGGUGAAGGCUGAACCGUGCAAUGUCUGUGUUCCUGCCGCGAUGCUCGAGCGUGCCCUUUUCCCCUCCAAUUGCUUUUUGAAUGCAGUGGCGCAAAAGGACGCCGCCCUGCGGCGCUCUUUGGAGCGGAUGGAGCGAAUCAAACGAGAGACGCUGCUCGAUCCGGAGUUUCAAGAGGCGGUGCGUUUCGCGCACGCCGUGGAGGAAGCAUCUGUGGCGCCCCAUCUUCGUGGCUGGGACAGCAGCAACGGUCAUGACGGUGAUGCCAGCGGUGAGGAGAACGGCGCGCUACUUCGGGCCACUCGCCGCACUGUAUCGAAGCGCGAGAAGCGGGCGGCUCGCAGCCACCAGCUGCGAGGCCCCAUGGCGCGCUCACCGUACUCGCCAGAAGUAAUACCGUAUUUUUAUAAUGAUAUGCGCAGCAUAGUGCCACCGCGUGGGGCAUUUAACCUGCCGGACCCAGCGCCGACGAAGGCCGAGCGUGCCGCACUACGUGGCCGUCGGCGUCGUGCGCGGAAAGGGGCGCGCUACAGCAAAUGA